AUGGGAGUACCCUUCUUUUUCUCAUGGCUAUUGCAAGAAUGCCCUGAAAUGAUUCGGGAAGUGGUUCCUUCAUCCUCCUCCGAAAUCAAACAAGAAAACAAAUUUCCCAUUGAUCAUCUCUUUCUUGAUUUGAAUGGGAUCAUUCAUACCUUUAAAGAUUGCAAUUUGCAAACAAAAUUACUUGAUCCAUUAUUAAUUUCCAAAAACAGCAGAAAUGAGCAAAGUGGAAUGGAAGAUCAAGACUUUUCAACUCACGAUCAAGUAGACACACUAGAAUUAACAUUUGAACGAUUUAUUCUAUCCAUCAUGUUGUACAUGGAAGAAAUUGUUUAUCGGUUUCCUCCGAAAAAGACUUUAUACUUUGCUCUUGAUGGUGUUGCUCCUGCAGCAAAAAUCAAUCAACAACGAGAGAGAAGAUGGGUCUCCUUUAGGAAUAGUAGUGGAUUACCAAAAAGACAAACUUUGGGACAUUCAAGUAGAAGCAGCAGCACUAGCAGUACCAACCACACCAAUCAAGAGAAUGAUACUCUGUUGGAUUCCAUUUCGAUCACAAGUGGGACCUCUUUCAUGAAACAAUUAUCGGAACAUUUACAAUUUUUCAUCAAGAGAAAACUUCAAGAUGAUCAAAAUUGGAGAAGUAUUGAAAACAUUAUAUUUUCGGAUUCCUCUGUACCGGGAGAGGGCGAACACAAAAUUAUUGCACACAUUAGAGAGUUGCAGAAAUCUAAAUUAUCAACCAGUCAAAAAUCAAUUGCGAAUCAUCAUGAAAAAUUUAUGAUUUAUGGAAUGGAUUCCGAUUUGAUAUUUCUCGCACUUACGACACAUGAAGAGCAAUUCUACAUUUUACGUGAUUGGACGUCAUCGGUACAAAUGAAUUCACAACAACUUUAUCAUAACUGGCGUGUCAAGAGAAGGCUGAAACAAGCUAAAGGUUAUGAUAAGGAUCGAUUCGAUCACAAGUUUCAUGUGGUAGACAUUUCUGUUGUGAGAAAAUUAAUUUCAGAUUACAUGAAGAAUCAAGAGGACAAGUCUGCACCUCCACUCGAAUUUGAUUUGAAUCGAGUGAUUGACGAUUUUGUUCUAAUGCUUUUUCUGUGUGGAAAUGAUUUUGUUGCGAGUAUUCCAACGCUCGAUAUUGGAAAAGAAGAGAAUGCAUUAGGAUAUUUAUUUAAAGUCUAUCGUAGUUUAUUUACAACCGCCUUUAAUUACCAAUACAUCUCAGACACUAGUAAUACAUCAAAAUUAAUUGACGUAGACAAGCUCGAACUAUUCAUACAGGUCACUGGGAAAUUGGAAGUUCGAGUUCUUACAAAUCGACUCAAACGAGAGUUGGAUUUAUUGAACCAAAAAAAGAAAAUGGAAGAAGAAAAACAGAAAAAGAAGGAAGAAAAAGAAACAAAUGCUGGACAUACCAAUGAUAGUGAUUUAGAACUUGUUUCAUCAAGUGUGAAUCCAGAACAUUUUAAAAAUUUGCUCUCCAUGAUAGACUUGGACAAGGUCAUGUGUUUGAAUGCUACACAAGAUUUGAAACAGUUUUUAAUGCUUUCAUCAAUCACAAAAAGUGUGUCAGGAACCUUUACUUCUCAAUAUUUGGUGAAAAGCACUAUCGAUUCUGAGAUCAUGUUUGGCAUUCACUUUAAACAACCACUUAGUCUUUGCAGCUUAAUUUUACGAAUGGGAAACACUGCACAACAAUUGAAUGGAAUGGUGGUCAAACUUUUUGUAAAUCAAAAUGUUGACUUUGUAACAAUGGAAACUCACAAAGUCACUCAAGAAUUUUCCUCUACUGACCUUUCAAAUGCACUGCCCACUUGUGAACUCAAGUUGAAACUUCAUGCAUUCCAGAAUGUGAGCAGACUCACUCUCAUUAUUGAGAAUACGAUUCAAAAAACUCAGACGACCAUCGUGGAGCAAUUGGUUCUAUUCGGAAAUGUAUCCACAAAGACAGGAUCUAAACUUUUAAAAGUAUCAAAAAAACAAUGGAAAAAGAAGGAUUACAGCCAUCAAAAAAAGCACAACAUUUCCUUUGAGAUUAGCCAAGAAGAAGAACGUGUUAAAAAAUUUAAGGUUCUUACGAGUUCCAUAUCUUUAAAGAAGAAGGAAGGAAUGCCUCCUCCUCCCUAUGUGGAUAUUGAAAAAUGGAAGACAAAUUACUACAAGAAGAAGCUGAAUAUUGUGUAUGAUCAUUCUGUGGAAUGUGGAGGUGGUGAACAAGUCAGGCAGCUCGUUUCUCAAUAUGUACAUGCUUUGUUUUGGGUCUUUCAUUAUUAUUACUUUGGAGUUCCUUCUUGGGAGUUUUCGUAUCGCUACCAUUAUGCGCCAUGUGCGAGUGAUUUUAAACAUCUUAAAGGUCUUUUCAAAGAUGGUAUUGUGACAUUCCAGAAAGGCAGACCUUUCAAUGAUAUCGAAGGUUUGUUGGCAGUUCUUCCACUUUCGAGAAUAAGUCUUGUCGAGGAGUGUUUAAAUGAAAAGCAAAGACAUAGGCUGAGGUUUGGACUAUCUUCUCCCACAUCUCCUCUUCACGCACUUUUUUACACCCCAUCUACUCACGCGGAACAUCCUUUUCAACCCAUUGAAGAUGUCAUUGAGAUUGACCCAAACGAUGAGGGACUAAAAACCUCAUUGAAAGAUCCAUUCUACCACUACUCGAGAAUGGUUGUACAUUUAAGGAUGGUUGACGUCGUAGAGAUUCGUAAGAUUGCUAGAGAUAUUUUGGGCGAUGAAGAUGUCAAUAAUUCAGAGAGAUCCCAUAUUUUGAUUUUUAGGUGGAACGAUCGAGAGGAAUCUGCAUUAAGAUUGAUUCCUUCCACAAUUUCAGUGUUACCUGACAUUGAGAACUCAAAGGUAAAGGUGACCAGUAUUCCAUUUGAAAAUGACAGUAACGAGAUAAUUAAGCUUCAUAUUUAA